ACAUAGCGCCCUCCAUGCAGGGUAGGAUCUCAGAGCGCUUAGAGAUCCAACAAAAUUCCUCAAAAUAAGGUUUUCAGUCAAGUAAAGCAGUGAAUGUUGAAAUGGAGUCUUUGAAGGAAAGACUGUGGACAACUUUGCUCUUAACAACCAUUCGCAUUACUCUUCUACUCCCAGGUGUUCUAGCUACGGAAAAUGGAAAUUCUACUGAAUAUAUACAAACACUGGGUGGCAAAGUCACCUUGAAUUGUUCAGAAUCUUACCUAAGUGCAACUUUUAUUCAUUGGGAGCAAACAGAUACAAUUGGAGUGAAAGAAUACAAGUCUAUAAUAAGUCAUGAUUGCUUAUCAAAUAGAAUCCAAACAUAUAAUAAUACCAGAGUAACAACUCCAAAUACAACUUGUAAUGCACCAAGUAAAGAUUUUUAUCUUCAGAUUGAGUCUGUAGACGUGACUGAUGAAGGGGAAUACAAAUGUGACAUUGCAACUCGAAAGGGAAAUUUUCAAAAAAUCUUUUCAUUAACAGUCAUAGUACCACCCAAUAUCUCAAUAAGUUGUGAAAACAAUUCAAAUGGAACGAAAACAGCAGUGUGCACCGCGUCAAAUGGGAAACCAAAGGGAAACAUCACAUGGCAGCCAACCAAUGAGGAAAAUAUCAUCAGUACUGUAGAGAACAGUAAUAGUACUGUGACUGUACAAAGUAAGUACAUCAUAACGGAUACCAGCAACUACAAGGGACACCUGACCUGCAUCGUGACACAUCCAGCACUGAAGGAGAGACUAAACUAUGUAUUUCCACUCUAUUGCAGUCCAUCUCCAGGCAGUUCAUCACCAAAUAUUACUAUUGCCCUGUGUAGCGUGUGUCUUCUCUGCUUUGCACUAACACUAGCCAAGUGCUUCUUCCACAAACAACUCAGAAACAAUAAUUCCUCAUGUUCCUGUCAGAAAGAGACCAAAUCGGAUGAAUCCGUCACAUAUCUAGAGAACAUCGUCUAUGAUUCACUGCAACUGUACAAGCCAAACUGUACAAGAAGAGAACUCUGAAUGGUUACUGGAGAAGUAGUGUUCUGUUAAAUUAUGGCUAAUGAAGUGUUAAUUAUC